AUGGAGAAUUUACCAUCGUCACAUAUUUCUACUAAUAUAUCCAAUCCAUCGCCAUCAUUAUUUAAUGAUAAUUCACCAUCAAACGAAUCUCGUCCUGUUGAAAAUCUAAAUUGGUAUGAUGAUGGUUCAAUUGAAACAUGUAUUCAUCAAACAUCAUUGCAAUCUCCAUCAAUUGAAUUACGUGAAAUAGAAAAUGAUGAAAUUUUACUUGAAGUUGAUCUUAAUGGCGUUGGUGAUGAGUUCUUUUUAUUUUCACCACGUAAUACAACAGAUGAUGAACCGUCAAGUUCAAUAAGCGAUGAUAAGCAUGAACAAGAAUUCGAACAAAUGAUACAUACAAAACAAAUGUCAAAACGUAUAUAUACAAAAGAAAAUAAAACAGAUGAUGAUGAUGAUUCGGCAUUAUUCGAUGAUUUUUAUUGUGCAUCAACAGUUGAAGCAUUUGGUUUUAAAACUAAUAAUAAUAAUAAUAAUAAUAAUAAUAAUUCAUCAAUGAUGAUAACAAAUUUAGAUGAUAUAUUAACUGAUGAUUAUGAUAUUGAUGAUGAUGAUGAACAAAAUCAUUUAAAAGAUACAUCAACUUAUUUAUUAAAUACAAAUUUUCGUCGUCCUAUUCAAGAAGAUAUUUUAUAUGAAGUUGAACAUGAAAAUAGUUUUUCAGAUAAUAGUCAACAUACAUCAUCAAUGAUUAUAGCUGAUGAUAACAACUCGAUGAAAAUUGAUCCAAAUUUGGAUUUUUUAACAUCAGCUGAAGAACCAAUCAAAACUGAUAUUAGCCAAUCAACAAUGAUUCAAACAACUUUACAAUCUCAUGAAAAUAAUUCUUUACCAAAACAAACAACAACAAUUGAAUAUAUUACAUCACCAAGUUAUAUUUUACCACCAAUUUAUACAACAACAGAAAAAUCUUCAUCACUUCAUAUUGAUACAUCUAAUGAUACAAAUUCUUACAAAUGGGAAUCAUCAAAUUAUCAAUAUCCAAAUUUAUCCCUGUCAUCAAGUCCAUCAUCAUAUACAUCAAAAAUUCGUCAUCGUCAUUAUUCCGUUGGUUCUUACUAUGAUAAUAAAACAACAACAGUUACUUUACAUCCUAAUCAUACACUUUAUUUACUUGGUAGCGCACCUGUUAGUCCAUUAAAUCGAACAUCAACAACAACUUGUGAAUCACAUUAUCAUUUACAUCAUCAUAGUCCACUAUCAUAUGGAACUAUACCAUUAAAUACAUUCCGACGUGUAACUCCCUAUAUUGAAACUAAUACAACAUUAACAUCAAAUUCUGAGUAUCAACAAUCAUCAUCUUUAAAUAAAACUGAUCAUAAUCGAACAAUAAUUCAACCAAUGGAACAAACGACGAUACCGACUACUCAAACUGUAUCAACAUCAAUUAUACCUCAAUUGAUUUCUCCAUCAUCAUCAACACAUACAAGUUCAGUAACAUUUUCACAAUAUGAAGUACCAACUACUGUUCCAGAAACUAUUUUAACAUCACCUUCUCCUCCCCCUCCUCCUCAAUUUGAAGUCCCACUUGUACGUCCGAAAACAAGUCGCGGACGAGUACCUAUCCUUCCACCACCACCGCCGCCUCGUACAACAUUCAUAGAAAAAGAUCAAACACAAACUAUGAGUUUAGACAAUGAUAGUACAUCAACAGAUAAUGAUAAAACAACAACAAUAAAUGAUGAUUUAAAAUUUAUUCGUGGCACAAUUGAACGCGUUUUUGAGCAUCAUGGCGAAUCAACAACAAGCGAAUCAAGUACAUGUUAUGAAGAAAUAUCCGAUGAUAAUAAUAAUAAUGAUAAUGAAAAUGAUGAAUCAAUAUCAUUAUCAAAUAGUUCAAAAACAUUAUCAAAAAAAGAUAAUCAAUAUCCAUCUAUUGAAGCUAUACAACGUUUUUAUCAUAAUAAAACACCAUCGGAUUCUGAGAAAAAAACUUCUAAUAAACAAGUAACAAAUCUUGAUGAUACACCAAUUAGUAAUCAUUCAUCAACAUCAGAUAAAUUAUAUUCACGUUCAAAUCCUAUGAAUAGAAGAAAACCGAAUCUUUCAAAUUCAUCUGAUAAUGAACAAGCUACUUCAGAAGAAAUUGAUGAUACAUUAAAUGAUAUUGAGGAUGAUGAUUAUCAAGAUGAGAAGCUAAGACGUCAAACAAAAAACAGUAGUUCACAUACAAGUGGUGAAAAUUCACCAUUACAUUCAUUUAAUAAUCAAACAAAACAAAAGAAAACAUUACAAGAAACACAAACAUUUCAACGACAAGAACAAACUAUUCAAACAACUAAAAGUGCAUCAGGUUCUCAAACGACGAUUCAAUCAUAUGAAACAGCUCGUUCAAGUAUUCCACCAAUUGAUAUAGUUACACAAAUGGUUAUUGAACGAAAUGAUAGUAUUGAUGAUGGACAUAUAGGUGAAAUAUCAGGUGAUAUGAUUAUAUAUUAUGAUGAUAUUGAAAUAGUUGAACAUUCAUCAAAUAUAAGCACAACGGAAUCUGAUUCAAUAUCAUCAAUAAGUAAAUCUAAUCAUAAUUCUAAACCAAUUGAAUCAAUUCCACCACCAAUACCAGCACGUACAUUAAAACCAAGUCAUUUACUUGAUAAUCAACAACAAUUAUCAUCGACAACAAAAACUGAACCAAUUAAUUUAUCAACAUCAAAAAUAAAUCGAACAUACGAAUUAGAAAAAUCUACAAUACGUAAAAAAUUUGAUGUUAAUACAGUUAAUACAAUGCUUAAUAGUACGGAUUAUUUUAUUGGUCCAGCUAUAACACAUCGUCUUCCAUCAGCAAGACAUUUUGCUGGUAAAAUAAAUAAUGACGAUGCAACAUCACGUACUUCAACAAUAUCGAAUACAAAUAUUAUUCAUAAACCAUCAUCAACAACAACAAUGGCUAAAUCUCAAACAUUACCAUUACAAUCAAUUAAUACAAAUGGACAUUUAACAAAUAAUAUUCAAAAUACAUCAAUAAAAAAUUCUUUUUCAACACUACCUAUACGUGCUGUAUCAUCAGUUGAUACAAAUGAAAAACCUCGUUCAAUUAUAGCAGAUACAAAUGCAUUAGUUAAACAAAUACAAAAUUCUUUAAGUCGAAAUUCUUUACAUGAUACACAAAUUCAUUCACCAUUAUCAAUAUCAACAAAAGAUUUACGUACAUUUGUAUCAUCAUCAUAUUCACCAUCAGAUGAAAAUAUGAUGGAUGAUGAUGGAGUUAUUCAUGUACGACAACAAAAUUUAAAUACUAAUGAUGAUCAAUCAUUUAAAAGACAAGCUAGAUUAUCAAGAAGUUUUCAUAAUGUAUCAGAAUAUAAUAGUACUGAUCAGUAUCCAAAAAAUGAUAAUAAUUUUACGACACGUACACAACCAUCGAAAUCUGUUGAAAAUAAUCUUAAUAAAGUUAGUCAAAAUCAAGCAAGAAAUUCACAAAUUCUAUCGAAUUUUCCACCGGUUGUUUCAAGUACAUCAUUUUCAGCAUUACCACAUUCAGAAGAUAAUGCAAGAAUGUUGUCUAUGAAAUGGUAUACAGGACAAGUUAGUGAAAAUUCGGAAAUAUGUUAUAAUACGCCUCAUGCUGAUAAUGAUGAUCUUCUUUAUAAUUAUAUAAUAACACAUAGCAAUCGAGAAAUUCAAUUAUUACUUGCUCGUCUCCAAUCAACAAAUGACAUUCGUAUUCAUGCAGCACUUGAUGAUAUACGUUUACGUGUAGCACAAUUUGAUGCAUCAAAAUCUCCCGAAGAUCUACAUGUAUUUAUGCGUUAUCUUGAAUCACGUUUACGUGAUAUAAGUAAUAAGAAUCCAUCAUCAUCAUCAACAACAACAACAAGAACAACAGCAUCAAAUCAUAUGAAUGAGCAAAGACGAAUGUCAAAUGGUACAACAACAAGUGGAUAUCCUAUUCAACAACAGCCAGAUACAUUAUCAGUAAAAAGUCGAACAAGUUCGAUAGUAGCAGGUGCAGAUAAAGAAACUCCAUCACAAAGACAACUUGGUCGACAACAUCUUCGAUCAUCCGGUAGUAAAACAACAGGAGGAGGAACAAAUGGUCAUCAACUACCUCCUCCACGACGAGGAAGUCAAUCAAGUGCUAAUCAAGAAAAUCCUGCUGUAUUUGAUGAUAUGUUAAAUACGGUAUUAGGUUUACCAAAGAAAGGAGUGCCUACUCAAGCCCAAACAAGUUCUUCUUCUUCUCAAAACCGAGAAAAAACAACUCCUUUAUCUCAAACACAGAUAACUACAAAUACAACAACUGUUACUAAAAUUGGACAAGAUGUUGGUAAACGUUUAUUUGAGAGUGGUACUUAUAAAGAUCCUCGUUUAAUUUAUGAUGGUCCAAGAAAAAAUGAGAAAGAGGAACAACCUCUUGAAACAUCCGUGUGA